AUGGAGGGGAGGACCGGAGGGACAGGGGCAUUGGGAGGUAUAGUGGGAGGGAAGGGAGACUUGCAACUAAGGAAGGUGAAAGAUGACUAUGUAAGACAAAGAACACACCAAAACGUUCAGACAAAGACCCCACCAAGUCCCAACAAGAAGACCCAUCAAGUCCCAACAACAAGACCCCAUCAAGUCCCAACAACAAGACUCCACCAAGUCCCAACAAGAAGACCCCACCAAGUCCCAACAAGAAGACCCCCACCAAGUCCCAACAAGACCCCAUCAAUUCCCAAUAAGAAGACCCCAUCAAGUCCCAACAAGAAGACCCCAUCAAUUCCCAACAAGAAGACCCCACCAAGUUCCAACAACAAGACCCCAUCAAGUCCCAACAACAAGACUCCACCAAGUCCCAACAACAAGACCCCAAACAAGUCCCAACAAGAAGACCCCACCAAGUCCCAACAAGAAGACCCCAUCAAGUCCCAACAAGAAGACCCCAUCAAGUCCCAACAAGAAGACCCCAUCAAGUCCCAACAACAAGACCCCAUCAAGAACCAACAACAAGACCCCAUCAAGAACCAACAACAAGACCCACCAAAAGAAGACCCGAUCAAGUCCCAUCAAGAAGACCCGACCAAGUCCCAGCAAGAAGACCCCAUCAAGUCCCAACAACAAGACCCCACCAAGUCCCAGCAACAAGAUCCCACCAAGUCCCAACAACAAGAUCCCACCAAGUCCCAACAAGAAGACCCCACCAAGUCCCAACAAGACCCCACCAAGUCCCAACAACAAGACUCCACCAAGUCCCAACAACAAGACCCCACCAAGUCCCAACAACAAGACCCCACCAAGUCCCAACAAGAAGACCCCACCAAGUCCCAGCAACAAGACCCAUCAAGUCCCAACAAGACCCCACUAAGUCCCAAAAAAGACCCCACCAACCUCACCAAGUCCCAACAAGAAGACCCCACCAAGUCCCAACAACAAGAAGACCCCAUCAAGUCCCAACAAGAAGACCCCACCAAGUCCCAACAACAAGACCCAUCAAGUCCCAACAAGACCCCAUCAAGUCCCAACAACAAGACCCACCAAGUCCCAACAACAAGACCCCAUCAAGUCCCAACAAGAAGACCCACCAAGUCCCAACAAGAAGACCCCAUCAAGUCCCAACAACAAGACCCCAUCAAUUCCCAACAAGAAGACCCCAUCAAGUCCCAACAAGAAGACCCCAAGUCCCAACAAAAAAUCCCGAAGCUCCAACAAGAAGACCCUAAUUAG